AGUCUCCCGAAUCAGACCCUCAGAUGCACAGACUUCUGAAUCAGAACCACAGACUGCUGAAUUAACUGAGUCCAGCUGAGCUUCAGUAGGAUGGCAACCUACCAUCUCUCAUCCUCCAUGAAUCACUGUUUCUACAUCCAAAUUACAAAAUAUAACACUGCCUCCAAAUGCUAAACAUGCCACACAUUCAAUCCAAGUCAAUUGUCCCUAUAUUAUAAUAUUAAUUGAGCUACACAAUCAAUUUUAUACAGUAUGAUUUGGUCAUGAAACGCGAACAAUCCAAUAUUGACUUGCAUUGAUGCGAGUGUCCUUUUUAAAUCUUAUUUUAUUUUAGCGUCCUUUACGCGCCGCGUCUCGGUAUGUUUGGUCAGCCAAUCAGCUGUCUAUCCACCCCACUGCGGUCCCGACUCCGGAGGCAUUGACCGAUAUUUACUGUAAGCUCCCAGUCUGUUACAGCUGCAGUCAGAGCUAUUCACACAGCCGAGAGGACACUUUGGGCUAAUACUACCUACAGUAGCCUACGGAGUUGAACUUUGCGAGAUGUCUCUUCAGGUAGAGUUUGAGCGAGUAGCAGAUGAUGUGAAGAAGGUGAAGUCCAGACCUUCAGACCAGGAGCUGCUGGACAUGUAUGGUCUGUAUAAGCAGGCCAUAUUUGGAGACAUCAACAUUGACAAACCAGGCAUGUUAGACAUGAAGGGAAAAGCCAAGUGGGAGGCCUGGGAUUCUAGGAAAGGUAUGUCCAAGGAGGAUGCCAUGACAGCUUACAUCGCACUUGCUAAGGAGAUCAUCAGCAAAUACUAAUAUGAUGAUGAAGUCGUAUCCAGGGUGUGACUAGAAAUGGUUAUUAUGAGGAGAGCUGUAUCUCAUUCAGCCACAAGCCAUAGGUUAUGAGAAGCUACUGCACUAGGAACAUGAUACAUUUUUUCUCCUUAGAUUGACCUUUCUUGACUUUUAAAAUGUGGAGUUUUUUAUUUGAUAUCAACCCCUGUGCACUUUUGGGAUGUUGAAUUUAUGAUUUAAUAAAACAUUGUUUUAAAUUAC